CUGGCAUCCCAAAAGAGGAUCUGACACAAAGUUGAAAAACAUCAGGGUAAGGGAGGUGGGUCAUGACUGGAAGGUUAGAGAAAGAUGGAAUUCCCCAGUCAGGUAUUUUGAGGAAGGGCAGAGGCAGGGCUGUGUUUUCGUUUCUCCACUAAAGCCUCAAUUUGAAUAAUGUGCUGUCUUAUUUUUGCCCCCGAAGACAGUCAGACGAAACUGAACAUUAAGCAACUCUCCACCCUGGCGCACGAUUCUGUACACACAAACCCUGCAAAUGUGCGUCCUUCCUAACCCCCUUUCUCAUUCUAUCCCUGCCUCCCUCCCUUAUCCAAAUUUUCCAGCCACUGCUGGAGUUGACUUCCGCAAUCCUGACGGAAUAAAUCUAGCACCCUUAGUCUUCCGCUCACAGUAGCCACACUUCCUGCCUGAAAGGAGCCGAGACAACAGAUUUUCAACAGCAGGAUGUGGGCGUUUAAGUUUCUGCUUCUACCCACGGUGAGCUUUGCUCUGUACCCUGAAGAAAUGCUGGACUCGCAGUGGGAGCUAUGGAAGAAGACGCACAGAAAGCAGUAUAACCGCAAGGCAGAUGAAAUCUCUCGGCGUUUAAUUUGGGAGAAAAACCUGAAGCAAAUUUCCAUCCAUAAUCUUGAGGCCUCCCUCGGUGUCCACACAUACGAACUGGCCAUGAAUCACUUGGGAGACAUGACCAGUGAAGAAGUGGUUCAGAAGAUGACUGGACUCAAGUUGCCACCCUCCGGUUCCCACAGUAACGAUACUCUCUACACCCCAGAGUGGGAAGGCAGAGUCCCAGACUCCAUUGACUAUCGGAAGAAAGGAUACGUUACUCCAGUCAAAAACCAGGGGGAGUGUGGUUCCUGUUGGGCUUUUAGCUCUGCGGGUGCCCUGGAGGGCCAGCUCAAGAAGAAAACUGGCAAGCUCUUAAACCUGAGUCCCCAGAAUCUCGUGGACUGUGUGUCUGAGAAUAAUGGCUGUGGAGGUGGCUACAUGACCAAUGCCUUCCGGUAUGUGCAGGAGAACGGGGGCAUUGACUCUGAAGACGCUUAUCCCUACGUGGGGCAGGAAGAAAGUUGUAUGUACAACGCAACAGCAAAGGCAGCUAAAUGCAGAGGGUACAGAGAGAUUCCCGUGGGCAACGAGAAAGCCCUCAAGAGAGCAGUGGCCCGGGUAGGACCCAUCUCCGUGGCGAUUGACGCAAGCCUGCAGUCUUUCCAGUUUUACAGCAGAGGUGUGUACUAUGAUGAAAAUUGCAACAGCUAUGAUGUGAACCAUGCGAUGUUGGUGGUAGGCUAUGGCGUCCAGAAGGGAAACAAAUACUGGAUAAUUAAAAACAGCUGGGGAGAAACCUGGGGGAACAAAGGAUAUGUUCUCUUGGCUCGAAACAAGAACAAUGCCUGCGGCAUCACCAGCCUGGCCAGCUUCCCCAAGAUGUGAUCCCAGCCAGCCAACCCAUCGGCUCUCCCCUUCCUUCUCUGCUGGUGCAAGAUAAUGGUGUACUUGGGAAGGGAAUUGGCAUGCCCUCCUGAAGUGGAAGCAUCCAUACUUGACUUCUUCUCUCCAGUGACAGCGGGACUUCGUCCUCUCAGCCAGGGCUCUUCUCUCUGCGGACGCAACAGGACAUUGUCUGCGAGUUGAGGACUCUUAGGCUGAGGUGUCUGUGCCUAUAGACCCUGGAGGCCUCCAGCAGGCUAGAGGCCUACGGUGGCCUUCCCAAGUCCCUGGCUUCCAUAAGCUCCAGAGCACAUUCCUGUCUUCCACCAGGAUUCUCAAGUCUAUUCAUAAUUCUUCGACAAAUUUACACAAUAUAAGAAGUGUGCGUUUGUUUCCUUCUUUGCGUUUGAAACAAAGUAUCUCAUUUACAAUUUAAUAAAUAACAUGCAUUUACACUCAUGUUGGUAAUGGUGCUGGCCGGCAGUUAUUUAUUAAGUUAUUUAUUAUUGUGUCAUGAGAACUAGACAUUUCUGGGAGUAAGUGGACCUAGGGUGGUCUGUCGGUAUUUAAAUGUGCCUGUGAAGCUGGACACAGUGGUCUGUGUGUGUGGUCCCAGCACUUGAGAGGCAGAGGCAGGAGGACGGCAGCAGUAGGUGACAGCAUACCUAAGCCUCGAACAGACGUGGCUGUGGCCAGAGGUGUUUUAGAGAAAAACAAGCCAGUGCCAUGCUUAGCGUUGGCUGGUCUCUGCCCCCAGAGCCAGGGGAGGAGAGGCUGCUGUCACACAGGCUGAAGAUGCUCUCAUAAUCGUGUUUAGACUGUAUUGCUGCUAGACCGAAGGUCCUCACCCUUCCGAAAGCUGCGCCCCUCUAACAUGGCUCCUCAGGCUGUGGUGACCCCAACCAGAAAGUUAUUUCCAUUGCUGCUCCAUAACUGUAAUUCUGCUACUGUUAGGAAUCAUGAUAUAAAUAUCUGUGUUGUU